CCGCUCCCGACCACCACGACCCCGCUCUCCUCACCCGUUCCCCUCGCCUGCCACACCUCGCCGUCCCGCAGACCCUCACGCUCGCCGCGGCAUCACACCUCGGUGAUCCGGCUCGAGCAGAAGCGUGAGAGAGGCGCCAGCUCCGGAGAAUUCUGCCGAGCCGCUGCCACGCCUCAGGCGGCACCAGGCAGUCUCUGCACCUUCUCUCGGCGAGAGGCUCGUCAUGAGCGCUCCGACGGCCGUGCCUGAUGUGUUGAUGAGCGACGCUGCUGCCGUCAAGGCUGAGCCCGGCGCUGCGCCCUCUGCCGCCGGUGCCGCUCCCGCAAACGGCGCUCUGGCUGCGAGCAUCGCUGCUGCCGCUGAUGCCAGCUUGCCGAGCGCCGCUGUGCAGCAGCAGUCGAGUGCACCGCAGGCUCAAGCUUCCUCGAGCAGCCAGCCGAUCGUCGGCGCCGGCGCGGCAGCGUCGCCGCCGCAGGCGCGUCGCGCGGCACCGGCACUGCCGUCCUUCUCGGACGACGAGGACACGGAGGACGACGAGGCGCAGCGCGACGGCGUCAAGUCCGAGCUCUCCUCCAUCUCGCCAACGCCCGACGACGCCUCGCCCUCCUCGUCACGCUCGGCAUCGCCGGCGGGCAACGGGCGUCGCGCCGCGGCGCACCGCAGUGUCGCGUCGUCGUCCGGCGCCGGCUCGGCAUCGGCGUCGGCGUCGGGCGACUCGGGCAGCGCCUCGCCGCCGCGCCGCGCGCGCGACAGCUCGAAGCGCAUCGACGAGGCCGAGGCCAAUCCGGCGCUGUACGGCCUCAGACGUUCUGGCCGCGCUCCUGCCAAAGUCUACGUCGACACGUCCGGCACCGACGACGACGACUCGGACGUCGGCUCCAGUCGGCGGCGCAACAAGGGCCGCAGUGCCGGCGGCACCUUCAAGGUGUCGAAGCCGAAAGCUGCAAACGGCGGCAGCUUCCAGAGCGCCGCCCGCGAGGCAGCGCUCGGCUCCGACGAGGAAGAGUUCGGCACCAGCAACACCCGGCGGCGAGCCAAGCAGGCCGUCGGAGCCGCUGCGCCGCGCCUCACCAAGGGCAAGCGUGCCACGUCGUCAAGCCACUCGCUCGACGAGAUGGCGCGCAUCCCCUCGCGCGGCGGCCGCAAGCCCAACUACAACGAGGACGACUUUGGCCUGUCGCUCAGCGACGACGACGACCCAUUCGAGGACCAGGCUGACCUGGAGAUGGUCGCCCGGACCACUGCUGCGGCAGGCGAGGAGGAGGAGACGAUUGAGGGCGUCUUCGGACACGCACGCGCAGACGAGUUCGUGAAAGACAAGGAGGACGACCCGCGCCGCAACCUCGUCUACACCAUCAAGUGGAAGGGCUACUCGCAUCUGCACGACACGUACGAGCUCUUCGACUUCCUCAAGAACUACAAGGGCUUCAAGCGCGUCGAGAACUACGUGCGCCACGUUGUGAUUCCCGAGCUGGAGCUGCGCCGCAACCCCAACACGCAGAAGGAGGACAUCGAGCUGCUGCAGAUUGAGAAGGAGCGCCAGCUCGAGAUGGUGCAGGGCUUCAUGCAGGUCGAGCGCGUGCUCGACCAGCGCACGCAGAACGCCAAUCGCGACGUUGCGUACUCGCACCUGGCCUAUCUCUGCAAGUGGAAGGGGUUGGCAUACGCGGACUGCACGUGGGAGGCCGCCGAAGAGAUCGGCAAGGCUGCCAAGGGCCCCAUCGACGCAUUCCAUGCCCGCAGCGCCUCCACGACGGUGCCGUACCGGAGCGAGAGCUACCCGCGCGGCCGCCCCAAGUACACGCGCAUGACGGAGCAGCCGACGUACAUAAACCCCGGCGGCACGCUCAAGCCGUUCCAGAUGACGGGCCUCAACUGGCUGGCGUACCUGUGGUCGAAGGACCAGAACGGCAUCCUGGCCGACGAGAUGGGCUUGGGCAAGACGGUGCAGACUGUGUCCUUCUUCUCCUACCUCUUCCACUCGCUGCACCAGUACGGGCCCUUCCUCGUCGUCGUGCCGCUGUCGACGCUGCCAGCGUGGAUGCAGCAGUUCGAGAACUGGGCGCCGGACAUGAACGUCAUCAGCUACACGGGCAACACGGCGAGCCGCGAGAUGAUCCGGCAGUACGAGUUUGGCCCGGCGCGCAAGCUCAAGUUCAACGUGCUCGUCACGACGUACGAGUUUGUGCUCAAGGACCGCGCCGACCUGAGCUCGAUCAAGUGGGCCUACCUUGCCGUCGACGAGGCACACCGCCUGAAGAACUCGAGCGCCCAGCUCUACGAGUGCCUCAAGUCCUUCCCGACGGCGGGCAAGCUGCUCAUCACCGGCACGCCGCUGCAGAACAACAUCAAGGAGCUGCUGGCCUUGAUGCACUUCCUGCGCCCCGACGAGUUCCCGCUCGAGGACGGGUUCGAGAUGAACCAGGUCGACUCGGCGACCGUCAAGGCGCUGCAUGAGAAGCUCGACAACGUGAUGCUGCGCCGCCUCAAGAAGGACGUCGUGGCCGAGAUGCCCACCAAGACGGAGAAGAUCCUGCGCGUCGAGAUGUCGGCGAUGCAGCAGCGCAUGUACAAGGCGAUUCUGUCGCGCAACUACUCGGUGCUCAGCGCGCCCGGCUCGGCGCAGGUGAGCCUGCUCAACAUCGCCGUCGAGCUGCGCAAGGCGUCGAACCACCCGUUCCUCUUUGAGGGCUCCGAGGUCAUCUCGGACAAGCGCGAGGACACGCUGCGCGGCCUCGUGAUGCACAGCGGCAAGAUGGUGCUGCUCGACAAGCUCCUCACGCGCCUGAAGCAGGACGGCCACCGCGUGCUCAUCUUCAGCCAGAUGGUGCGCAUGCUCGACAUUCUCUCCGACUACAUGUCGCUGCGCGGCUACCUCUUCCAGCGUCUCGACGGCACCAUCACGUCGGAGGUGCGCAAGAAGUCCAUCCAGCACUUCAACGCGCCCGACUCGCCCGACUUUGCCUUCCUGCUGUCCACGCGCGCCGGCGGCCUCGGCAUCAACCUCGAGACGGCCGACACGGUGAUCAUCUUCGACUCGGACUACAACCCGCAGAGCGACGCCCAGGCCAUGGCGCGUGCCCAUCGCCUGAACUCCAAGUUCAACGUCAGCGUCUUCCGCCUCGUCACCAAGGACACGAUCGAGGAGGAGGUCAUCGAGCGCGGCCGUCGCAAGCUCCUGCUCGAGGCUGCCGUCGUCGGCCAGAUGGACACCAGCGGCCAGCGAUUCCAGGCUGCCGAUGCCUCUGCCCAGAAGGCCCAGCCGAGCAAGGAUGAGCUGAACGAGCUGCUUCGCUACGGCGCCAAGAAGAUCUUCGAGAGCUCCGAGAGCGCAGCUCAGAAGCAGCUCGACGAGCUCGACCUCGAUGCGAUCCUCACGCACGCCGACGAGGGUCUCGAGGCGGAAGCCGGAGGCGCCUCGUCUGGUGGCGCUGCCUUCGCGCAGUCGUUUGUGGCCGACUUCAAGACCUCGGGCGAGGAGGACUGGAGCAGCAUCAUUCCGGCGGACCAGCGGCGCGCCGCAGAGGAGGAGGAGCGCAAGAAGGCCGUCGAGGAGGCAGCCGCCAGCACUUCGCGGCGCCGCGCCGCACAUGUGCCUAGCGGCGCAUACGAAGGCAGCGCCGGUGCCGAGGGCGCCGAGGAUGACGACGACGAGGACGACGACGAGGGCGAGUCGAAGGGCAAGGCACGCAACAAGGGCGGUGCCAAGCCGGGAGUGCCGCGCAAGACUGGCGCCCAGCGUGCUCUCGAGCUGUCGGACCGCGACAUCCGCGUGCUCAUCCGCGGCAUCCAGCGCUGGGGCGACAUCCGCUGGCGCUACGACACGCUCGUCGAGGAUGGCAAGCUCACGGGCAAGAACCGCGGCGUGCUCGAGGAUCUCUCGGACGAGCUCAUCAAGAAGUGCGAGGUGGCGGCAGCCGAGCACGAGCGCGAGCUGCAGGCGGUGGUCGAUGCUGGCGGCGAGAUCACGUCUGCCCUGCGCCAGCGCGCGGUGAUGGUCUCCGUCAUGGGCAAGACUGAGAUUACCACGAACGCCGAGACGACGCUGCUGCGCCACAACGGCCUGCGCCUUCUCUUCCAGCUGCUCGACCCGGUAAAGGAUAAGCUGCGCUGGAAGGUGCCGCUCGACCACCUCAAGGCGACGAUCAGCUGGACUGGCGGCUGGACGGACGAGGACGACGCACGCCUGCUGCUUGGCAUCUUCAAGCACGGCUUCGGCUGCUGGGAGGAGAUCCAGGCGGAUGAGUCCCUCGGCCUGGCCGGCAAGGUCUUCCUCGAUGAGGGCAAGAAGGUGCUCGAGAAGAAGAAGGGCGACGACGCUGCACCAGCAGCUGCUGUCAAGGAUGAAGGCGCCGCGGACGGCGAGGCCGCGCCGGCUGCGCCCAAGAAGGGCAAGAAGCCGCCGGCUGCUAGUGUGCGCCCAAUCCCGAACGCGAUCCAUCUGGUUCGUCGCGGCGACUACCUGCUCAAGGCGCUCUGGGAUGCCGAGAACGACACAGCGCCUGCACCCGAAGUCAAGGUCGCGCCAGCGAUCAAGAAGGGCCGCAAGUCCAGCCCGGGCGGCAGCAACGCUUCGCCCGCUCCGCAGGCCAAGCACGCAAAGGGCGCGAAGGGCGCUUCGGCCAAGAAAGCGCGCACGUCUGCGCCGCCCGUCGAGAAGACGGAGCCCGAGGACGACGGCAACGACAGCAUGGACGAGGCAGCGUGCAAGGAGCUGAUGCGCCCCUGCAAGGCCUCGCUGAAGCGUCUGCGCGAGACGGAGAAUCUGCCGCGCGAGGAGAAGGUCAACGCGCUGAAGGAAUGCCUGUCCAACAUCGGCGGCCGCAUCGGACACCUGCUCACCGACGAGUUUGGCGCGGUGUCGCAGGCCGAGCGCGAGCGCCAGGAGCGCCACUUGUGGUCGUUCGUCACGUUCUUCUGGCCUCGUCCGGUACGUCGCCCGCUCUGCUGUGCCUUUCGUGUCUCAGACUGACGUCUCGCUGCGCAGGUCGAGUACUCCAAGCUGCGCGCCAUCUUCC